AUGACUGUAGAAAAUCAAGAUAUUGAAAUGGAACAUGUCGACGAGGCUGAAGGUGGAGAGAAAAAGGUGUCUGAAACAGAUUCUUUAGUCUUAUCAGAACUCAGGCAAAACUUUUUACUGCUCGAGCGUGCUGUUUCUACCAUCGAAUCUCGAUUCACGACACGUGUUUUGAGGACGAUCGCAUCGAUUAGAAAACGCUUGACUGCAGACAUUUUGGCACAAGUUAUUAAAGAUGUUUACCCAAAAGAUUCUGUCGAUAAGAGCAGGCUCAUAAAUUACUUGGGCAAGGAUUCUGGUAAUAUGGAUCUUGAUGUAGAUGAUCUGGCAAAAGACAAUCUUCCUAUAUUGCCUGAAAUCGACCUAUACCUCUAUCUACUGGUGAUGAUUUAUUUAUUGGACAAACAAGAAUUCGAAAAGGGCAUUCUAUUGGCUAAUGAAACAGUCGCCAAAAUCCAAAGUUUGAAUCGUCGUACCUUAGACCAAUUGUCGUCGCGUAUAUACUUCUAUUACGCGAGAUUUUACGAACUUACAGGAAACUUGGCGGAGAUUCGACCGACUUUGUUGGCCGCUCAGAGGACUGCUACUUUACGUCACGAUGAUGACUCUCAGGCCACCUUACUCAAUCUAUUAUUGCGGAAUUAUUUUCAUUAUAAUUUAUACGACCAAGCAGAUAAACUUGUUAGUAAAACUACCUUUCCUGAAACAGCGGUUAACAAUCAACAGGCCCGAUACAUGUAUUAUCUAGGCCGUAUCAAAGCAAUUCAACUGGACUACACGGUUUCCCAUACCCACCUACUGCAAGCAAUCCGUAAGGCCCCUCAGAAUACUGUCACGGCUGGCUUUCAACAAGCUGUUUAUAAACUUUCAAUUAUCGUUCAACUUUUAAUGGGCGAAAUUCCUGAGCGGUCUAUAUUUAGACAGCCUGUACUAAAAAAACCAUUAGUUCCAUAUUUACACAUUGUUCAAGCCGUGAGGGUUGGUGACUUGUCAAAAUUUCAGGAGACCCUGGCCAAAUAUAACGAAGUUUUUCGUGCCGAUAAAACAUAUACUUUGAUUCUAAGGCUCCGACAUAACGUAAUUAAGACAGGCAUUAGGAUGAUAAGUCUAUCAUAUUCUCGAAUAUCUUUACGCGACAUAUGCUUGAAAUUGCAUUUGGAUAGUGAAAAGGAUGCAGAAUACAUUGUAGCAAAAGCUAUCCGUGAUGGUGUAAUUGAUGCUACCAUAGAUCACGAAAAAGGGUUUAUGAAAUCGAAGGAAAAUGUUGAUAUUUAUUCAACGAAUGAGCCUCAAUAUGCUUUCAAUCAGCGUAUCAGAUUCUGCCUGAACCUCCACAAUGAAUCAGUCAAGGCUAUGAGAUUCCCACUUAAUGCUCACCGCAAAGAGUUGGCGUCAGCUGAAGCUCUUCGUGAAAGAGAAAGGGAAUUAGCCAAAGAAAUUGCUGAAGGCGAAAUGGAUGAAGAUGAUGAUGUUGGAGAAUAUUAG